CGGAAGCGGAAGCGGAAGCGCGGCGCCGGCGGCGUGAUGGCGGCGGAGGGAGAUGUGGAGCUGGAGUUGGAGACGGAGCCCAACGGCUCCGGGAGCGGCGGCGACGGGGCGGGCGGGCGCGCGGCCGAGAAGCCGCGGAAGCAUGACAGCGGCGCGGCGGACCUGGAGCGCGUCACGGACUACGCGGAGGAGAAGGAGAUCCAGAGCUCCAACCUGGAGACGGCCAUGUCAGUGAUCGGAGACCGGAGGUCCAGGGAACAGAAGGCAAAACAGGAAAGAGAGAAGGAACUAGCAAAAGUCACCAUCAAGAAAGAAGACCUGGAGCUGAUUAUGAACGAGAUGGAGAUUUCAAGGGCAGCUGCAGAGCGCAGCCUCCGGGAGCACAUGGGGGACGUGGUGGAGGCUCUCAUCACUCUCACCAACUGAGACUGAGCCCGUCCUCCUGGGAUUGCGCCGCGUGCAUCUGCCGCUGCCUCCCCGGGCACGGCCUUGCCCCAGCUGCCCCUCGCCCAGUGCGGUGUCAGCUGCGGACUGCGUGUGUUAAAUUAUUGAAUAAAGGCACCAGCUGGAGUGA